AUGAGUAACAAUAAUAAUAAUAAUAAUAAUAAUAAUGGUAAUAGUAAUGAUGAUUUACCAGAGCAGAAGAAGACUGCAAAGAGAUUGUUGGAGGUAGAUGAGGAAGAGGUCCAAACACCUCCAAUUCCAUCAAAUGGUACAGAUGAUAAUAGUAUGCAGGUGGAUACAACAACAACGACAACUGUUGUUGCUACAACAACUGCUGCAGCUGAUGUACUAUCACCACAACAACGUCCAAUGGCAGUACCAUCACCAAAGUUAUUCAACAACAACAACAAUGAUGCUGCAGUUGGCGGUGGUGAUAUAGAUCAAGAACAACUAUUAUACUUUAGUGGAAGACGUAUCAUUACAGAGAGUAGCAGUAGUGAUAUAAGUGGCAGUGAGGACAAGCCAAAGAAGGUGGUGAAGCGCGUGAGAAUGGUACGCAGGGAGGGCAAGAUAUACGAUCUGUUGGAGCGCAAGAUUGGCAGCUCGGCACUCAAGAGCAUCAUAUCCGACCCCAACCCGGCAUUCGACUGGCCCUACGAGUUGGUGUUGGUACGUCACGGUCAGAGCGAGGGCAACGAAGCACAGGCCAGGUCCAAGCGCGGUGAUCUCAGCGCCUACACGCCAGAGUUCAAAAAGAAGCACUCAUCUACCUAUCGUCUGACAGACAAGGGUAUCUUGCAGGCUCAUGCCGCUGGCAAGUGGAUCAGAGAGAACAUUGCCCAGGUGUUUGAUCGAUACUACACGAGCGAGUAUGUCAGAGCCAUGGAGACGGCUGCUCUCCUCGGUAUGGAUGAUGCUCAAUGGCUCACAGAGAUCCAGCUACGUGAGCGUGACAAGGGCAAGAUGGACAACAUCUCAUUCACAGAGAAGAAUGAGAACUUCUCAAGUGAGAUGGAGUUGAGAAAGAGAGAUAGUUUCUUCUGGGCACCUCCUGGAGGAGAGAGUAUCGCACAGAUUUGUUCCAGAGUCGAGCAUACGUUCACAACAUUGAGGAGAGAAUGUGCCAACAAGAGAGUGGUCAUCGUCUGUCAUGGAGAGAUUAUGUGGGCAUUCAGAGUUAGAUUGGAAAGACUCAGUUCGAUUAGAUUCCAUCAGCUACAGGCUUCCAAUGAUCCACGCGAUCAAAUCCACAACACAUCGAUCCUUUGGUACACGAGAGUGCAUCCAAAGACAGGAGAGAUAUAUCCCUACUUUAGGUUCCUCAGGAGUGUGUGUCCUUGGAGGCCACAGUACUCUGCACCGGGUUGGCUCGAGUUUGACCGUCCAAUCUACACGAACGACGAGUUGAUGGAGAGUGUCCGCACAGUGCCACGCUUUGUCAACAACCAAGAGGGUGAUGACAGCAAAUCAACCUCAUCUCCAUAG